GACGCUAGUGAUAGUUGAGAGUCUAACUAGUGAUAGAUGAUAAAUCUAACUGAUGAAAAAAUAUGCUUGAUGCCAUCUCUUUAAAACGAAUUUAGUUACAUUGUAUCAAAUUGUAUCUUUGACAACGUGCGCUUUUUCCUUUUUGACAUUGCUUUAAUUCGUUUUAAUUAACCCGUUUCGCAAAUGUUUCGCUUUAUUUGUGUGAUAUGAAUAUCAGAGAAGCGCUAGUGUGUGACAGUUUGGUUUAACUACUGUUGAAAGACUAUCCGCAGUCGUCCAUUGGAUUUAUUUUUCUUAUAUAUAUUUUUUUUACAACUAAACUUCUUCACGUCUGAAUACUCUGGAACGCACAUCAAGGAUAAACAGCUCCUGAGGGCCCAGCAUGGUGAACAGUCAGGUGGGUGGUGGUGUGGCGUCACCCCCCAGGUCGUGUGCAGGAUGCGGGGGCAAGAUCGCUGACCGCUUCCUGCUUUUCUCCAUGGAGCGCUACUGGCACACACGCUGCCUCAAUUGCUCCUGCUGCCACGCACAUCUGGGCGACAUUGGCACCACCUGCUACAGUAAAGGAGGCAUGAUCCUGUGUAGGAGCGACUAUAUCAGGUUGUUCGGGCACAGUGGGGCAUGCAGCGCCUGUGGCCAGUCCAUCCCGGCUAAUGAGAUGGUGAUGAGGGCACAGGGCAAUGUGUAUCAUCUCAAGUGUUUCACAUGUGCCACCUGUAGAAACCGACUGGUGCCAGGCGACCGCUUCCACUAUGUCAACGGCACCAUCUUCUGUGAGCACGACCGGCCAGGGGGUGCAUUGCUCAGCAGCCACCUGCCCCCACUGCAGAGCAACCCUGUGCUGCCUGACCAGAAGGUGUGCUGAGUGCUUAGAGCGGUGUGGUUUGCCUUCGUCCUUCCCUUGUCUCCAGAGGAGACAUCCUUGCUCACCCUGCUCCCGAUACUGUUGUUGCGGACCCUCAUCACCAUCCACCACCCUGUCUCUUUGACCAGGUCGUUCUUUUUGCUUGCAGUAUCUAUUUCAGAUGUGUUGUGUAUAUCCAUGUUUGAGACAGUGUACAGAUACACAGUGAUGGUGAGUCGUGUGUGGUGCAGUGCUGGUCUGUCCAUCCAAGACAACAUGGACCACAUCAACUAUUCCAGGACUGAGGCUACAUGUUGUAAGUAAAGGACACCCAAUUGUGUGCAUAUCCAGAACUUUGGUGCUUUUGGACAAAUCUUGCAAUGAUUAAGGUAGGAGUCUGGACCCUGUCUAGGAUCUACAGUAAUAUUAAAGUAGACAAUAAUAAGCUUUCUCAUGGACACCACUAAAACUAUCACUGACAGUGGCAUUGCUGUGGUUAUCAUUAUUGUCAGGGAUAUCCCAUCGCUUAGAUGAUGAACUCACAAUCCAUCUCAAUGGCCUCUCAUCUGUUACUCUGUGAUGUUUAGACCAUCGGGCUGAAGUGAAGGAAGAAGAUAAAUGUACAUUCUUUUUUUAUAAUGUUAUUGUGUGUUUCCCUGUAGAGUUCUAUUUCUUUAAUAAAUGUUGCAUUCAAUUUAAUUUUGGAUGCCUGUUCAAUAUGUGAAAUUAUCCAAUGGAGAAAAAAAUUCUAUUAAAAUAUUUUACUGUAA